AUGAUUCGUGGUUAUCGUCUUAGACAAUGUCUCAACAAAUUAUUGGUAUCUCAACAAAAACAGCAGCGCUACGUUCCUUCUAAGGGCGCUGAUGGCAAUGAAUUUAUUGGAUAUAUCCCAGUUGAUAAAAUUGAGAAACGAUUUAUGCGAAGCAGUGGCCCUGGCGGCCAGAACGUUAACAUGGUGAAUACAAAAUGCCAAAUACGAUUUAAUUUAAAUGAAGCAGAUUGGUUAAGUCCGGAAAUUAAAGAAGUGUUUCGGAAACGAUUUGUUCGAUUGCUCAGUAAACAAAACGAUGUUGUGAUUUCGUCAGAUAAAUCAAGAAUUCAGGCAGAGAAUCAGGAAGACUGUUUUGAAAAACUGCAGGCUCUGUUAACAGAGUGCAACAAAGAGCUGCUGGAUAAUAGAUUACCGACAGAUCAGGAUAAAGCAAUUAUAGAUAAUAGAGCAAUAAAAGCAGCACAGCGAAGAUUGUAUGCAAAACGUAUACAAUCCCAGAAGAAGAAAAGUCGAGAUCCGUGUGAAUCUCUCUGA